CUGACAAACAUCCAUUGACAAACCAAAAUUAUCUGAACAGAUGGGAUAGUUCUCAUUUCUCAAGCCCGGGCUCUUGGAGUUUGCUUACUUACAGUUAGAGGUUUCGUAUUUUCCUUUUUUCCAAGUUCUUAGAAGGAAGAGCACAAAUUUCAACUGCAAAGACAUGGUGGACGCUGUGGUAACCGUGUUCUUGGGAAAACUUCUUGGAGCUCUAUCAGAGGGAAGUCGGAUUCUGAUAGAAUUCAGAGAUCAAUUUGUGACUUUACAAAAUGAACUCCAAUUAAUGCAAAGCUUUCUCAAAGAUGCAGAGAGACUCAAAAGGAAGAACCAAACCCUGCGGCGCAUCAUGGUUGACUUGCGAGAAAUGAUAUAUCAAGCUGAAGACAUGCUUGCAGAUUGUCAACUCAAGUCAAUGGAUGAUGAUGCAAUGUCAAGUGGUUGGUUAAAGUGCUUCAGUCCUUCAAAAAUACCGUUCCAGUACCAAACUGGGAAGCACCUUGAAGAAAUGAACGUGAAAAUCAGCAGCAUCAAGAUAAACAUUUCAACUUAUCUUGGUGUGCCACUUUUGAGUCAGCCAGGGGUUGAUCCACACAAUGACCAAAUACCCAGAUGGAGCUCUCCUGUAUAUGAUCACACACAAGUUGUUGGAUUGGAAGGCGAUACGAGGAAGUUGAAGGAUUGGCUUCUUGAAGCUGACAGUGACAUAUUGGCAAUUGGGGUUGUCGGGAUGGGCGGGCUGGGCAAGACAACCAUUGCUCAGAAAGUGUUUAACGAGAGGGACAUGGAGGAUCACUUUGAGAGGAGAAUUUGGGUGUCUGUUUCUCAAAAAUUCACCGAGGGACAGAUUUUGAGAAGCAUGCUGAGGAACUUGGGAGAUGCAAGUAUAGGAGACAGUGCAGGUGAACUGUUGAAGAAGAUAAACCAGUAUCUUUUCGGUAAGAGGUUCUUGCUUGUGAUGGAUGAUGUGUGGGAGGGGGAUCUUACUUGGUGGCGAAAAAUCUACGAAGGACUUCCUAAGGGGCAUGGAAGUUGCAUCAUUAUCACUACAAGGUUUUUGGAAGUUGCGCAAAAAAUGAGAGUGAAGGAGGUAAGAGUGCAUAGACCUAAAUGUCUUAGCAAGGAUAAUAGCUGGCUGCUAUUUCGGAAGAUUGCAUUUGCAGCUACUGAAGGGGUGUGUAAUUAUCCAGAAUUAGAAGGUGUUGGAGAGGAGAUUGUUGAGAAAUGCAAAGGUCUUCCCUUAGCAAUCAAGGCGGUUGGAGGGAUAAUGCUUUGUAAACCACCACGUUACGCUGAAUGGAAACGCAUUGCAAACCAUUUUCAAGAUGAGCUAGCUGAAAAUGAUAACUCUGUCAUGGCUUCUCUACAGUUGAGCUAUGAUGAACUCCCUUCUUACCUCAAAUCCUGCUUCCUCUGUCUGUCACUUUAUCCAGAGGAUUGUGUCAUAACCAAAGACCAAUUGGUCCAUUGGUGGAUAGGAGAAGGUUUUGUUCCUGUAAGAGGUGGUAGAUCAGCAACGGAGGCUGGUGAGGAUUGUUUCACAGGUUUGACAAAUCGGUGUUUGCUAGAAGUGGUUGACAAGACUUAUUACGGAAUGAUAGACACUUGUAAAAUUCAUGAUAUGGUUCGCGAUUUGGUGAUUGACAUUGCGAAAGAAGAUGCAUUUUCUUGGCCGGAUGAUACAAAUAGCCGUCACUUGAGUAUUGACACCCCUAUGGCUCGAAAUCAUUUUGUGGCCAAUUUAAAGUUGAGGGCCUUGUUAUCGACAACCAAGAGUGGUGAAGUGAACAAAAUCACUUCAAACGUUGCGAAGAAGUUUUGUGACUCACAUUACCUAAGGGCAAUGGAUCUUUCAAGAUCAAUUUUUGAAGCCCCUCUCACAGGGCUUCUAAACCAGGUUGGUUCUCUUCACCACUUGACUUAUCUUAGCGUAAACAACACUCACCCAUUGGUUCAGCUUCCGCCUUCAUUGGAGAAGCUCAACAAUCUGCAGAUUUUAGAUGUCAGCUACUGCCAAAGCCUAAGGUGACUCCCUAAUUAUAUAGUAACUUUCAAGAAGCUGAGGGUCUUAGAUGUGAGCCAUUGUGGUUCACUUGAAUGCUUACCAAAAGGGUUGGGAAGGCUUUCGCAGCUUGAAGUAUUACUUGGUUUCAAACCUGCCAAAUCGAACCAACCAGAAGGUUGUCAGAUUGGUGAGCUGAAAAACUUGAUGAAACUAAGGAAACUUGGGCUUCAAUUAACUCGAGGUGACGAGAUUGCAGACACCGAGGUCCAUCCAUUGGUAAAGCUCCAAGAGUUGCAGCAUCUGACAAUAAGCUGCUUUGAUAGUCAUGGUGAUGAUAUCAUAACAAAGCUUGACAUGCUGUAUCCUCCUCAGCAACUCCAUGAGCUGAGUCUCAAGUUCUUUCCGGGGAAGAUUAGUCCAAUGUGGCUCAACCCCAUCUCACUUCCCAUGUUGAGGUACCUCUCAAUUGCCUCGUGCAAUCUUUCCAAGAUGAACCAAAGCUUCUGGGGUGAUGACGACACUGUUUGGAGAAUUGAGGGGCUGAUGUUGGAAUCCCUCUCGGAUUUUGAAGAGGAAUGGCCGAGAGUGACACAAGUUAUGCCAUUGCUGCGGGUUGUGAGUGCCUGUUGGUGCCCGGAAUUGGUGUCUUUCACCGUUGAAGACAUUGGAUUUAGAGGUGGCGUUUGGAAGAAGGAAGAGAACAGAAACUAAUAGAUUAGAAACAGAAGGUAUACAAAAAAAGGUGCAAAUUGGUUAAUGGUAAUGAAUUGUUCUUGGCCUUUUAUUACAGUGUAAAACUGUUUUAAGUUUCUCACUAUUGUG